UCGGGUCUGCGCAGAGCCGUCCUCGGCGCGUCCUCGGCGCCGGGCGGCAGUGACCGAGGGGGUGCGCAGGGUCGCAGCCGCGCGGCAGUCGAGCUUGAGAGGGUCUGGGGACAGCAGUGCUCCCAGUCUGAGGGGCGGCGGCGGCGCCCGCGGCCCCUGAGCGAAUUGAGGACGAGGCCGCUAGGCGACGGCGUGGCGGGGCCCCCUCCAGCGGCCGCGUCCGGAGUUAGGCAAAAGAGAAUGAAAGAAGUAGAUAAUCUUGAAAGUAUAAAGGAAGAAUGGGUUUGUGAAACAGGAUCUGACCACCAACCUCUUAGUGAUAAUCAGCAAACAAAUUGUGAAUAUUUUGUUGACAGCCUUUUUGAGGAAGCUCAGAAGGUUGGUGCCAAAUGUGUGUCUCCCACUGAACAAAAGAAACAGGCAGAUAUAAGUAUAAAAUUAUGGAAAAAUGGAUUCACAGUCAAUGAUGAUUUCAGAAGUUAUUCUGAUGGUGCAAGUCAGCAGUUUCUGAACUCCAUCAAAAAAGGGGAAUUACCUUUAGAAUUACAGGGAGUUUUUGAUAAAGAGGAGGUCGAUGUUAAAGUUGAAGAUAAGAAAAAUGAAGUAUGUAUGUCAACGAAGCCUGUGUUCCAGCCCUUCUCAGGACAGGGUCACAGACUGGGAAGUGCUACACCAAAAAUUGUUUCUAAAGCGAAGACUAUUGAAGUUGAGAAUAAAAAUAAGUUGUCUACUGUCCCACUAAACAGUCUGGAACCCAUCACUAAUAUACAGAUCUGGUUAGCCAAUGGGAAAAGGAUUGUCCAGAAAUUUAACAUUUCUCAUAGGGUAAGCCACAUCAAAGACUUCAUCGAAAAAUACCAAGGAUCUCAAAGAAGUCCUCCCUUUUCCCUGGCAACAGCUCUGCCUUUCCUCACAUUGCUAGAUGAAACACUCACACUGGAAGAAGCCAAUUUACAGAAUGCUGUAAUCAUUCAGAGACUCAAAAAAACCGCUGAACCUUUUAAAGAACUUUCAUAACAUUGAUUUUUGAUACACUAAGUGGAAAGUUUCCAGAAAAAUGAUGGUCAUAAGUGGACAUGUACACCAAAAUGGGGAGGAAGUCAGAUUUGCUGGGCUUUGCACUAUUUAACUCCCUCCUGAUGAGAAGAUUUUAAAAUAAGUACAAGUAAGGAAAGUAAACUAUGACUGGAAACUAUAUUCAAUGAACUUUUCCCAGAAGGCUACUUAGAAAGAAAAAUAGACUUAUUUUCAAAUACCAGUUAUUUAACGUAAGAUAUAUUAAAUAACUAUAUCAUUUAAAAUCUUAAUACAGUAUAAAUUAGCGAAUAUGUUCAUAGCAUCUUUCAUUCAAACAUCAUUCCCAAACAGCAGUGGUUUGUUUAAAUGUUAGCUGUCUCAGAUUUUUUUAAAUAGCAAUACAUUAAAAAAUUAUACAUGGCAGGUUAAAAACAUCAAUGCAAUUUUUUUAUAUCUAUCUGAAAUACAAUCAAAAGGCUGGAAGGAACUGCUUUCACCACAGCUAUGCCUAAACCUCAGAAGUGUUCCCAAUUUGCAUUGUCCAAUGGCAAGAUACACUCAAAUAUUAACUUGGCAACAGUAUCUGGGAUGUAUUUUCAUUUAAGAAUAAAAUUGUGUAGCUUAGUAUAAUGUCAGUAUCAAUCUGCUGACAUACAUUUCAACAUUUUCAAAACGUAUAAAUUUAAAAGAAUUCUUUUUUCUCUAGGAACCGCAGUUUAUUCCUUACUUUAUUUUCUUUCAAAAAUUAGGGGUUCUUAGUUAACAUUUGGAGUGGGCCAUUUGUUUGCCACCACUCACGUAGAAUCUAAUGCUAGUGUUGUCACGUUACUAAUUGACAUUUUUUAAAUGCGUCGUGUAAAGUAUGGUUUUCUAUUUCAUACAUCACACAGCCCAUUUAUAUAUCAAAGGAUUAUUUAUUACAUUCUGAUGUCACUAAGGAAAACAUGCUAGAUUUUUAACUAAAACUGGUUACACUUCAGUAUUUCCCUGUCAGGUUAAAUCCCCUUGCCUGACAAUAAGUUUAAGAAGCUUUUUGCAGACGAUCUACUGAAUCAUAUUUAAAGUGAAAUAUACAUUGAAUGUGCCAAGGAACUAAGUGGCCAUGCCUAACAGCAGUAAUGUUCAUAGGGUGCUGGAUGUCUGCUGGAAAGAGCAGUUCUCAAACUUUUUGGUCUCAAGACCUUUUGUUUUUGUGGGUUAUAAAUACUAAUAUCAUAUUUAAAAUAAAAAGUUAUAAAAUAUUCAUUAAAAAUAAUAAACGUGUUAAUAUAAAGAACA